GAAAGAAGACUAGAGUAUCCUUUGAUUUAACGUUCACUUUCCCUCAUUUAUAUAUUGCGAAUGAAUUUUCCUCACUUUUCUCUCUUUCUUCUUCCCUCGCUUGUAGCCGCCGUGCGAACACUCUCACAGUCUCCACCAUUUUUCUCUGGUUUGUGAUCUUGUUGAAUUGGAACACCAAAACAUGCAAGUUUGAUUCAAGAAUUUCGGAUUUUUUGGGUGUUUUGUUUAUAAUUGUUGUGAUUUUGGGGUAGAAAGUGAUGCAAUUAUUGUAAGAAUCAUAAUCAUAAUGAGUGUCCUAGCUCGGGAGAAAUCGAGGGGUUUUGUGAGGAUGCCGAGUAAGAGUUUGAGGUGUAUGAGCUAUGAGGAUACUCUGCGUGAAAUGGAGGCUUUUUUGGAUGGGAAACUUGAGAAUCCGCAAACUAGUCGUGGCGAAGUUUAUGCCGAUAUUACUGAACCUAUGAACUCGAAUGCCGCCGUCAGGCUGCCUGAUAGUGAGGAUCCUGAUGCUACUGAGAAUUCUAGUUCUUUUGGUGAUACUACUUCGAGAAGUGACAAUGUUUCGGGAACUAGUGAUGCUGAGGUGGAGUCGGAGUUUCGUGUUGAUACUGGUUUCGCUGAUACAUUGGACAGUUAUACUAAUGUUUUCCCCAUGAGGAAAAGAAAGUUGACACUUCAUUGGAGGAAUUUUGUACGCCCAAUUAUGUGGAGGUGCAAAUGGGCCGAACUAAGGAUAAAAGAGUUGGAGUCUCAAGCCUUAAAAUACUCCCGUGAGCUAGAAGCAAAUGAACAAACAAAAAUGUUGGAACUUCAUCAAUAUACAUCAGACUUUUGUUCAAGAUCGUUUCCAUUUUUCAACCAUUCAGACAAGAAGAAACCCAUGAAAAGAAGAAAACGGAAACUUGUGGAGAAUGUGACUGAUAUCUCAUCUUAUAUGUCUCAUCACCAGCUUUUCUCAUAUUUAGAAAAUAAGAAGUCUGAUCAAGAUGGUAUAUCAGCUGCUGACGACGAUGUUAAUCUAGAUGUAUGUCCUAAGAAUGAAGAAUUCAGCAUGGAUGAUGAUUGGUUAAAAGAUGGGGAGGAUUCCAUAGAACAGAUUCUCCGACAGAUUGAAACAGUGCAAUCUAAAGUUCAGAGGCUUAGAACCCAUUUUGAUACGGUGAUGUUAAAAAAUGGUGUGAAAUUCUCCUCUUCAGAAAACCUAAGUCUUCUUGCACCUUACGAUGCUCAGACAAGUGCUGCACAAAGCCCUGCUUUCUCCGCUGGCGAUGGAGACAAUUUGUCUAUUGGGGGCAUUGAAAUCCCUCAUGACAUAACAGACUUUGAAAUUGGUGGUCUGGACUUGCCUGAGAGUUUGGUCUCUGAUUAUGGAGAUGGUACUCAGAUUCCUGAUAUUAUAGAAAGCACAGUAGGGUUACUUUCUGCAGCAAAUGUUACUAUACAUCAGCAGCCACAGAUAUUAGAGUCAGGUGAAAAUCAGAUUUUGGAUGAUACGCAUAUACAGAACAGAGCAAUGCAAGAUGGGCACGUGUCUUCUGGAGUUAUUGACCAAUCGAUAGACGAGUAUAAUAAUCUAGAAAAUAAAGAGCAGCAUAUUUCAAGUCUCGGAGCUGGCAAUGGAUUAGCGCCUGAUUCCGGGACUGUAGAUGCUGUGAUUCAGGAAAAAACAACAUUAAAGUCUUGUUUGACUUCUAAGAUUAAGAGAAAGCGGGGUGAGCGCAAGGCUGGACCUGGAGGUUGGAGUCUGAGAUCUGCAGUGUCCUUUUUGAGCGAGUAGUCCUCGUUUACAGCUCCAAGCAAUAUGCAACAGCAGCUAAUCUGUAUAAAUUUUGCCUGUUGGUGAGCUUACCUAUUGCAUAUCAUCUCUGUACUCUGCUGGUGAUAAUGGCGAAAAAGCUGUUUGAUAGUCUAGGCUUGACUUUGUAGUUUAUAUCCAUAAUUUAGUGGCCAGUCAUUGAUUAAAGGCCUUGAAGCUCUUAACAUGAGAAUUUUGAAUUAGACACAAGAAGAGGAUGGCAUCCUGAAUAUGUCUUGGCGUCGUGCUCAUUGGUAAAAAGCGUAUACUUGAUUUUAAGAUGCUUGGAAAAAAGCUGUCACCUUUUCUAAGAAAAGUAAUGGUUUAAUUUCUCAAUAUGCCACCACAUGAAUCAAGCCUAAAAUGGUCUCUAUUGCAAGCCAGUCUCUGCUAGUAGAGAUAUCGAUCUCGAUUGAUUUGCUUAAUUGGGAGGGAGAGUGGUUUGAAAUAUGCACCUGAGAGCUGAGGUGCAUAUUAAUUGUAGAGGAGCAUGUAUAAAUUUACUGAUGAUUUGCGCUCAAUCUUCCCCUGUUUAAACAUUCUUAAGAAAAAUUUUGAACUAUUAAAUAUAUUAACUGUAGAGGAGCAUGUCACAAGCAUGUGUCACGUGGUUAGAGAUUACAGCUCCCUUUGUAGAUCUUUUGUGCUUUCACCUUUUGAGGCCCAUUGGGCCAUUAAAAUUUUACUCCUCUCAUUUCUCUUUC